AUGCUUGGUAAUAACAAAAGGGCAUGGGACUCUAAGAUAGACUUAGUAGUAUGGGAAGAUUGGAUUACUACUAAGAAAUCCAUUGGUAAGUCUCCAUUUGAAUUGGUAUAUGGAAAACAAGAAAAAUUGUCAUUAGGAAAUCUGUUACCAGUUCACAGGUUUAUAGUUGAUGAAGAAGUAGAGUUUUUGAAUCCUAUGGAAGAAAGACUUAUACAAUUUCUUGAGCUUGAUGAAAUUAUGAGAGAGGCUUCAAAACAUAAUUUCAAAAUGCAGCAGCAGGUGAAAGCCCUACACGAUAAAAAAUAUAAUGACAUAAAAUUUAAGGAAGGGGAUUGGGUACUUGUAUGGAAUGCAAGAAAUCAGGAUAAGGGAAAGCAUGAUAAAUUUGAGGCACUCUAUAUUGGACCAUUUGUGAUUUUAGACAAAGGAGAAGACUCGUACUAUUUAUAG